AUGAGACCUAUCGCUUCGUUUACGUUUGUCGUCUUAGUGGAACUCGCCUCUGGCCUUCGUUUCAAUGUGCCUGCAAACAAUAAAAAGUGCUUGAAGGAGGAGAUUCACAAGAACGUCGUGGUCACUGGAGAGUACGAGUUUAGUGGAGGAAUCGGGUAUUCAGGCAGUGUUCAUGUGACAGACACUCGUGGUCACACUUUGUACAAACGCGAAAGGUUCAGCGAUUUAAAAGGCAAAUUCGCCUUUACCACUGAUGAGUACGACAUUUUUGAGAUCUGCAUUAGCAAUCACGGUCCUGUUGGAGCAGGCCACUCACAAUCUCGCGAGGUUUUGCUUAAAAUGAAGCAUGGUGUCGAGGCAAAGAAUUAUGAUGACAUAGCUAAAGCUGAGAAGCUGAAGCCACUAGAAAUUUUAAUUAAGGUCGAGCUGCGACGAUUAGAAGAUCUGUCAGAUCAGAUUGUUAAGGAUUUCUCUUUCAUGAGGCAGCGUGAAGAAGAAAUGAGAAACACAAAUGAGUCUACAAAUAGUCGCGUAUUAUACCUAUCUAUUUUCUCCAUGCUUUGUCUGUUGGCGUUGGCUUUUUGGCAGGUCAUGUUUUUACGCAACUAUUUCAAAGCGAAGAAGCUGAUUGACUGA